UGUAGUUCCUUGGGUCCAGUGACCGUACUGUAUCCAUGGCACAUGAUGAGAGACGAUCCAACGGUACUCCGUAGAUGAAGUUGUGUGUGGUUUGAUGCCUUCAGAAUCAGGCAAAAAAUGACAACUUCGGUUUUCUUUGUUUGUCUUUUUUCUCUUUUAUCUCAAUUAUCAUCGUCAACGACGUCCAUGAGGAUCGUCAUUUCAACACCCCCUGAUGCACUUUGCUACAUUACAUGAUCCAACUCUUGUAUACCUAUCAAUUCGAUACAUUAUUCCUCCGACGUCGGGUUCGCUCAGUGAUUCUACCCGACUCAGGUAGAUAGCUAUGGCCCCUGUCAAUAUCCUGGCGCGUCUUAGGACCCUCUACGCCAAAAGCUACGAUGAACCGGCCAUUUCGGCCCAGACGGCAGCUUUCUUCUCGAUCUGUCUGACAUUAGUCUAUGUGGUCCCAUUCUAUGUCUCUUCUACCACUCGGCCAUCUCCCACUCUCAGCCGAGAUGCACCGUCCGUGAUCCGGGCCAGAAUUAAGGCUGUGACUCUGUCUUGCAUUGGGAGUACCUUAGCUGUCUCAUGGCUGAUCAUCGCCAAGGGCAAUGUCCCUCUGAGUGAGGCUCUCAGAUUUCUUGGGUGGUGGCCCGUAGGAUUCACGGAGGUUCUUCGCAGCCUGUUGCUAACCGCCAUUCUGUUCGCCGGGCCCCUCUUCGAGCGAGGGAUUGCCGAAGGCGAGUGGAGAGAUUGGAUCAAAGGGAACAGGAUCUCUGAAACCCUUCGCGGGUGGAUCGGAUGGAGAAAUUACGUCGCUGGCCCAGUCACUGAAGAGGUCAUGUUUCGCUCCGCCAUCAUACCCCUUCAUAUACUCGCCAAGGCCUCUCCAAGCCGGAUCGUGUUUACAGCCCCUCUGUAUUUCGGGAUUGCCCAUGUACAUCAUUUUUAUGAAUUUCGUCUAACUCACCCGGAUACUUCCAUCAUAGCGGCGCUGUUCAGGUCGGUCUUUCAAUUUGGUUAUACCACCAUCUUCGGGUGGUAUGCAACUUUCAUAUAUCUACGUACAGGAUCUCUACCAGCCGUCAUUCUCGCUCACGCAUUCUGCAAUUGGUGCGGACUUCCUCGUCUUUGGGGAAGAGUUGAGGCCGGGGUCCCGCUCGAAUCACCAUUAGGCAAAGGCAAAGGCGAUACAGAUCGGGGGCCGGUUUAUGCGUAUAGCCAACUCAGCAUUGGUUGGACCAUCGCGUACUAUGGGAUUCUUGUUGGAGGGGCCACUGGCUUCUACUAUGCGCUAUGGCCUCUAACGGACUCUUCUAGCGCUUUGGUUGCAUUUACAAGGCCGUAGGAAGAGGAGUUAUAGAGUCAUAGCCAGGUAAUAUAUUGGCUUAUGGCAUGUAAAUGUGACGAUCUAUAUAGUAUGUAAUUGUUGUAUUGAAUUACUCAAUCUCUCGAAGUCGUCAUGGAAAGCUUCAUGCGGCGACAGGAUUUUUCUCCUCUCCUUCUCCCUCUUUGUGACUCCAAGAGACGGGUUCUAGAUACUGUGCCCCAUGCACUCAAAUAUGUUGAUGUUAUCCAGG